CUGCUCGACACAAGCUCCGAAGCCUCGCUUCAUUGGGCACAUCACUAGUCACGGCUGGCUUCUAACAACAACGGUAAAGUUCAAAUCAACUGACAUUGUGAUGAAAUCGCGUUCGUAAAACACUCACGACAAGGAAUGCCAUCAACAUAAAGCGUACUGUAUUAAUAGAGACACCAUGAAUAAUGGACCUGUGGACUGUGUGAUAAAAACUCCAGUGUCACUGCAGAUUGGAGAUACAGUGACUGAUAUGCUGCGACCAGGUGUUUAUGUCACAGACAUUGCUUUCCCAAAUGGAAAACCCAUAAAGGUUCAGGAAAUUUCAUUUAAGAAUUACUACUCAGCCUUCCUGUCAGUGCGUUUGCUAAGAAGAGAGGAAGGAAAUCACGAGGGUGCAGCCUCUGCGAAGUGGGUCACUUGUCUAAGAAACUUCCCACUCAUGGCCAACCCUCACACUGAAGCAGGAUCACAGGACUACUUCUCAGUCUUCAGACAGCAGAUGUUAGUGGAGCCAGAUAAUGUGUACUCAGUUCGGCUUAUUCUACGACAGCCAUCUUCAUCCUGGCUCAACUUCAGCAUUGAUGAGAUCAAAAUUUAUGACCGCACACAAGAGGAUGCUCAGAGAGGUGUUCCCACUUGGCUUUCAUCCCUCACAAAUGCUGCUGAACCUCUUCUUUUGCAUGGACUUCCGGACCCUGAGACAGUGUCAUCUAGCAUUCAGCAGAUGUGGGCUUUGACUGAAGUCAUGCAGUCCAAUCAAACAACUGCAUCUGUUGGCCGUUUUGAUGUGGAUGGCUGCUAUGACAUUAACCUGCUAUCUUACACAUAGCACAUGUAUAAGAUGGACAUAUAUGGACUGUCAUUCUUGCCGAAAAGGUAUGAACACUCAUUCCUGGACAUAAUGUACAGUUGGUAAUGGAUCAAAUUUCAGUUUAUUUUAUCAAACGUGAUGAAACUCUUCCAUGAAAAGAAAAUGCAUGCUGCUGUUAUGCACAGUCUUUGAUGAAAUCACAAGUCAAAGUAUACAGCUUCUAAUGUUGCCUUAUUACAACAUUUGUCUGUAAAACAAUGCCAUGUACUGUACAUCAACAUUCAUGUAAAAAAAGAAACUAAGUUGGACUUAAAAAUGCAUUUCUUUAAGCAUCGUUAUUCAAUGCCAGUGAAAUGUAGUUCAGUACCGUCUUAAAUAUUUUUGUAAAUAUUUCUGUAUACUCUAUGUGUGUUUGAAUACCUGAGGGACAUAUUUAUUGCAGUUUCAUAUUUAUUGGCCAAACAUUGUGACAAAACAUUUUUUGAUCCAUAAAUAUGGGUUACAAGCAUUCUCUCUGUGUUAUAAAGUCAAACCCUGUCCAUUUGUGUAUUAGUGAUGUGACUAGAUACCUUGUUAAUUUUGUCAGCGAAAAUAUGAAAAAGAACUGUUUUAUCAUCUAUAUCUAUAAAACAAGGACAGUUUGUCUGUAUGUA